CGGGAGGUUCCACUGUCUUGCUCAUUCUUUCGAAAACCGAAAGACCGAAGGAAACAAACUCCAAGGCUUGUUGGUUCAAGGAACACAAACAGCAUACCACCUUACAACCAAGAAAGAGGAGCAAGAUGACGACCGAUACAAGCCAUAUCCCCUCUGUGGCACACGACACAACCAGUAGCAUCAAGACCACGGAGAUGCCAAUACCUCAAAAAUACCGCAUGGUGGCGUUGGACUUGGAUGGCACUCUGUUGAAUUCCGAGCACAAACUCACGGAUGAGACGGCUGAGUACCUGCGAUAUCUGGACCAGCAAGGUUUCAUGGUGUCCAUUGCUACUGGUAGAGCCAUUUCCACAGUCUACGAGACCAUCAAGGCUCUGAAUAUCCCCAAACCCAUUCCUGUCGUCUGUUCCAACGGUGCCGAGGGAUUCAUGUGUAUGGUGGUCGAACGUCCCGAUGGGAAACGCAAGGUCGUCAAGGAACCACUCUUCUCCAUUCCCGUGCCCAUGCAUGUAGCCCAGCGAGCCGUGGAACUGGCCAAACAAUUGGGAUUGGUGACCCAAUACUACGUGGGUGAACACAUUUACGCCAAUCCGGUCGAACGGCAUCACCACACAUUGACCCAGCUGUAUCGAGAAUUGACCGGCAGCAAGACAAUCUACGUCACUGAUGAUUUUGCCAGAGCCAUGCAAAAGGGACCACCGUCCAAAGAGCUCGUGCUGUGUCGUACCAAGGAACAAGAUCGCAUGAUGCUGGAAUUUGCCAUGGAACUGACCAAGGAAGAAUAUUUGUUCAAUGGAAAAACCGUCACCAUGGUCCGUGGGAAUCUGGGAUGGUUCAUGGAGGUCUUGGGGCCUGAUGUUUGCAAAGGAAAUGGACUGAUCAAAAUGUGUAGUGGCUUGGGUGUGGAUAUUGCCGAAUGUGUGGCAUUUGGAGAUGGAGACAAUGAUUUGGAAUUUCUGCAAUUUGCCGGAAAAGGGUUUGCCAUGAAGAAUGCCAGAGACUGUGUCAAGGAGAUUGCAGAUGAAGUGAUUGAAUACACCAACAAUGAGGGCGGUGUCAUGAAAACUUUGAAAGCAUUGGAAGAACAAGGGAGCUUGAUAUUUACCACUAUACCCAAGGCAGAACGGAUAGCCGAGAAAAGGAGGUCGGAGUAUUCUGUGUAGAUCUACCUAUCUAAUUGAGUACAAUUAUUUGUACUGCAUUUUUGUGCUAUGUAAAAGAAACAGAGAAUGAUUCAUACGGUAUUAAUAGGAACUAAUAAACAACCUUAGAGUUUACAACCAUUACUACAAUGGGG